AGGAAAAGGAUUGGAAAGCUAGAAGGUCAUCACAUGCUACAGGAGGAAAAGCUGGAAGCCUUAAGCAUGGCAGGGAAACCCAAGCUUCACUACUUCAAUGGCCGAGGCCGAAUGGAGUCCAUCCGGUGGCUCUUGGCUGCAGCAGGAGUAGAGUUUGAAGAAGAACUUUUUGAAACACGUGAAGAAUUUGAGAGAUUAAUCCAAGGUGGAACCCUGAUGUAUGAACAAGUGCCCAUGGUCCAAAUCGAUGGAAUGAAUUUGGUAGAAACCAGAGCUAUCCUACGAUACCUAGCUGCAAAAUGCAACUUGUACGGAAGGAACCUACAGGAACAAGCCUGGAUUGACAUGUAUGUAGAGGGCUUGAGAGACCUGAGCGACAUGAUUAUGUUCUUUCCACUCUCCCUGCCUGGAGAAAAGGAGAUGAAUCUUGAAUACAUCCUUGAAAAAGCCACUACAAGAUUCUUCCCUAUGAGAAGGUAAGAAUUCAAGGCCAGAAUCAGCUACAUUCCCACAAUUCACAAAUUUCUGCAGCCUGGAAGCCAAAGGAAGCCUCCACUAGAUGAAGUUUCCAUUGAGACCGUGAAGAACAUCUUCAAAUUUGAAUGUGGCAUGUUUCUCAAAAACAUGGGCACUAUAGUAGCCAAGUAUUAG